CAAAGUUUCAAAAAUGGGUGGGAGCAUGUCAAAAUGUUACAUUAAUGGAGCCUGCAUUAACCAACACUUAUACCUUGAGAUUUCCUGUUCGCCCUUUCGGAAAAAAGUUAAUCGUUAAGCUAUUUGACUCAUACUCUAAUAUACUUUAAAAAGCGUAAACCUUGAAAUUUUGAGUUAGAGGUACGAACUGAGGGAAUCAUGCUGAAAAGUUGUACACAGCUGCGUUUAGGCUCCGAAGCCAGAUUGAAGUUCUACAAAUUUCAAAGCAAUCGGAUUACCCCUAUAAGAGGUUUACAUAAUGCCUCUGUUUUAUCCAAGGAAACCGCAGGAAAGGCAAAGGUGAAUUCCCUUAAUGAUUCAAAGUAUAAACCAUUAACUCCCCCAAAAGAUCCAAGAAACAUCUCCCCUCCUAAUAGCUUUUUAGCUAAAGCGAGUUUAUUAUUUCAAAAAAUUAUCUCGCCAAAACAGAACAUGUUUUUUGAGGCUACCAGUACUGCGAGAUAUUUCUAUUAUGAAGCUUCACGCCAAGCAACUCCAGAAAGGGAUUCCCAAGAUGCAUUUCAGUUUUGGUUUCGCAGGUGUGAAAUUCCAAUGACAUUUCAAUCUUGGUUUCAAAUCACACAAUUGCACCUUUGGAUUCUUCAAACACGGAUUCGCGCCCUUCAGCCACAAGAAAAACAGGCGCUCUCACAGGCUUUAGUAACUCGUUUUUUUGAAGAUAUGGAAUUCCGCAUUCAUAAAGAUUAUAGGAUUAAUAGCGAUCGUAUAACAGGAAUGUAUUUGAAGGAUCUAUUUCAACAACAAACAGGUGCCAUUUUUGGAUACGAUCAAUCAAUGUUAGGUAACGAUGCGGUUUUGGCGACCGCGAUUUGGAGAAACCUGUUUGCUGGAAGUCAUAACUUAGACUUGACUAUCCUAGCAGAGAUUGUCGCUUUUGUGCGUUUGAACGUUUUUGAACUAUCGAAGAUUUCAAAUGACGAAUUCAUGAGUAGUAGAGAUGCCUUAUUCAUUCCACCGGGUCAGCAAAUUGAAAAGGUUUAUUAAUGAACUUAUAAUACAAAAGACCCGCUGAAGUAAUUUGAGAGUCGAAAUUAUCAAUUGUUAACCUUUGUUAGCUUCUUUAGCCCGAUAUAAAAACAAUAAAUCAACGAUAGCUUGAGAACAUAUGUGUAAAAAAUAG